AGUUCUCAUCACGAUCACAAUUAUCCGCAUUUCGUUUGCAGAGAGAGAGAGAGAAAGGGAAAAUGGAAUGGUGGAAGCUGCUUCUUUCUGUAGUAGGACUUGAUCGGAACGACGUCAAUGGCCACGGUGAGAGUAUAAAGACGGCGGAUCUCGUUGCAGAGCGAAGAGCCGAGGUGGAACAUCCUCCCAACGACGACUGCUGUCCUAUAUGCUUCGACAAAUAUUCAGCAGCUUGCCGAGCGCCAUGUGGUCAUUGGUACUGUGGUGCUUGUAUUCUGCGUUAUUGGAACUAUGGUGCAGAGCUUAAGCCUUGCAAAUGUCCCUUGUGUUCUCAGAAAGUUACUUGUCUCAUGCCAGAGCCAACAAUAGAUAGGUCCCGGUAUUCUGAGGUCCUAACGAGUGUUCAAGAUUAUAAUAGUCUUUUUGUUGGGGGCAUUAAUGGUCUCAUUCUGAAAGUGCGCAAGUCACCAUUACUUCUCAAAUGGUUUUUCCGAGAGAUGGUGAAUCCUGAUGCAGCAGAUAACAAUCUCCUUAAAGCACGCAUUUUUGCAACAUUACUUGGUGCUCUAUACACUUUAAGCCCAUUGGACUUUCUUCCAGGCCGUGUGCAUGCCAUAGACCUGCUUGAUAACAUAGCUAUGGCUGUGGUCUUUAUCCUAUACCUGUUUGGCCUUUUUCGGAGAAGGCAACAACUUCGGCGCGUGAGGCAACUGACUAUUUCUCCACCACAAGGCGAUGAUGAUGAUGAUGAUUCAGACCCUUAGGCAGCUACGACCUGAUGAUAUCACGAGUGGGUGUUUCAUUGAACUCCUAAAUCAAGCUCUGUUUAAGGUAAUAACGAUACUCUUAAAUCUGUUGUCAACAACCCCUUUAGGGGGAUUGAGUGUACACCUUAAAGGUCGCGUAUUGUCCUAUUGUAUAACUGUGUAUAGUUAUUAGCAAAAUGAAACUCGGGUUGUUAAAAGAUGUAAAUCUUGUACAGGGUUAUAUUUCUUUUUCUAGUAACUUGCUUUUGUUAAUUUUUCUAUCCACUCAUAUGGUUCAACUUGAGGGAUGUCUGUCUGUUGUCUAUCCAUGUAUAUUCUUUUUUAUUUUGUCAGCUAAUAAGUUAUCAAUA